AUGAGAAUCCCCUUGAGAGCCCAAAACUUUGCCUGGAGACUGAUGAACCGGUCACUACCUACAAAGCCAAAUUUACAGAAGAGAGGCAUCAGAGGAACUACAGUGUGCCCAAGGUGCUGGGAGAAGGAAGAGACAGAUUCUCACCUAUUCAGGGACUGCACCUGGGCGAGGCGUUUCUGGUUUAUCUCCCCAUUUACGCUCAGAACGGAAACAGCAACCAACACCUCUCUGCAACAAUGGGUUCAAUCGAUGCUCAAUCUUUUUGGGGAUGAAAGCGGUGGGCUCUUCCUUUGUUGUCUUCAUGCAAUUUGGCUCGAUAGGAACAAGAUAAUCUUUGAUAAAAAACACUCUCGGCCAGAGGCGCUGCUGGAGAAAGCGCACCAAGCCUACACAGAAGCAACCAAGGCCGACCUGCAUGUCCCCUUGUUGCAAAGAACUCACCCAGAAAGCCAAAGUGCGAACAAUUGGAGGGCUCCAGAGCAAGGAAGAUACAAAGUUAAUGUAAAUGCUGCCAUUAUAAAUGAUAGGAGAGGAGGAGUUGGUGUUGUAAUUAGAGACUGGGAAGGGGUGGUUGUGCUUGCUGCCACGCUGGAGGUUGCUGCAUCAUUUUCAGUUAGAGAGGCAGAAGCAUGGGCUAUUUUUAUGGGCUUGAGCUUGGCGGCACAAGGGUAUUUUUUGGAGGUAGAAGUAGAAGGGGAUAAUGUUGAAGUAAUACAAGCUUUGAAAGCCUACACAAUCUUUUGCAGGUUCUUUUGGCACUAUCAUAGCAAACUGUAA